ACAGAGGCGAGGUCCUGCAGCUCACACACUUUGUUUCAGCUCUACUUGACCACCUUCAUCUGCAACAAUUAUGGCAACCUUAAAGAACAUGUUCUUCAGUGUUGGACAAACCCUGACUAUUGCUGGAGUGGCUCAACCUGACGCUACAAACUUUCAGGUAAACAUCGGCCCUAAUGAGCAAGAUAUUACUCUGCACUUCAACCCUCGUUUUAACGCCCAUGGAGAUGAGAAUGCCAUCGUGUGCAACUCGUAUGAAGGAGGCAAUUGGUGUGAGGAGGUUCGCAUGGAGGGCUUUCCUUUCCACCAAGGAGAGGAAUUCAAGAUAGUCAUUGAAUUCACUCCUACAGAGUUUGUUGUGACUUUAGAAGAUGGCUCUACUAUCUCCUUUCCAAACCGCUUGGGAGCAGAGAAAUACUCUGUCAUCAGCUUUGAUGGAGAUGCUAGCAUCAGAAGCGUUGAGGUCAAGUAAAACCUCCAUCGUCCCAAGGGUCUGUGGACUGAACCACAAAUAUUGCGCUACUCAACUUUUUCAAAAUCUACCAAAGAAUUGACACCGGCUUAGCAUUUUUAUCACAUGGAAACAUUGUUGACGCCAUGUGCAAGCAAUGCAUAGAUGUUACAAAUGGUACCUUCUGCAUAGAAAAUCUGUAUACAGCAGGUGGAAUGGCUGAGCAGAAAACUAUUGGUGAAAAGCACUCGUUAUUUUUGUCGUUAUUAACAUCGCCGUUUUCAAAUUUUAUUUCAAAAGAACCAAAAGGAAUGUAUAAUUUUAUAUAUUUGACAUUCCAUGAAAAUGUGUUCAGGUGUGACACCAUCUAACACGUUUAACACAUGUUUUCUGGCACAAUAAAAACUGUUCAUGAGCAGGAAA